UUGCCUGGGCAACAGCUGGGGCCAGUUUCCACCAAUCCUCAGCAGAGGCUGGGUGGGGGGAGGGAAGCUGGCUGGGAAGGGGGUGCCAUCCCCUUGUGCUGAAUCCUAUAUAAGGAGGAGGGAUGUGAGCACAGUGGUCUGGGCCUCCCUGUCCCUCCAGUGAGCUCAGGGGCAGGGCACAAAGAUGCUUCGUUUGGGCUCUGCCAAGCCUGGGUCCUGGGCCAGCUUCUGGGCCAUCCUGACCUUGGUGGGUCUGGCCACUCGAGCAGCUCAGAGAGCCGAUGUCAGCGGCGAGGCCACGGGCACCUCCAUCAACCACUCCCAGACGCUGCUCCACCGCUUGCAGGAGCUGCUGCGGCAGGGGAACGCGAGCGAUGUGGUUCUGCGGGUGCAGGCGGCGGGGACCGACGAGGUCCGCGUCUUCCACACGCACCGCCUGCUGCUCGGCCUGCACAGCGAGCUGUUCCGGGAGCUGCUGAGUAACCAGAGCGAGGUGGUGCUGCAGGAGCCCCGGGACUGUGCUGCUGUCUUCGACAAGUUCAUUAGGUACCUCUACUGUGGGGAGCUGACCGUGCUGCUGGCCCAGGCCAUCCCCCUGCACAGGCUGGCCACCAAGUACGGCGUGGCCUCCCUGCAGCGCGGCGUGGCCGACUACAUGCGCGCGCACCUGGCGGGCGGCGCGGGCCCUGCGGUGGGCUGGUACCACUACGCCGUCAACACCGGGGACGAGGCCCUGCGGCAGAGCUGUCUGCAGUUCCUGGCCUGGAACCUGUCGGCCGUGGCGGCGAGCGCAGAGUGGGGCGCCGUGAGCCCCGAGCUGCUGGCGCAGCUCCUGCCGCGCUCGGACCUGGUGCUGCAGGACGAGCUGGAGCUGUUCCACGCGCUCGAGGCGUGGCUGGGCCGCACCCGGCCGCCCCCAGCCGUGGCCGAGCGCGACGGCCGGCCGCGCCUGGUGGUCACGCCGGCCAGCAGCGGCGGCGACGCGGCGGGCGUGAGCUUCCAGAAGACGGUGCUGGUGGGGGCGCGCCAGCACGGCCGCCUGCUGGUCCGCCACGCCUACAGCUUCCACCAGAGCAGCGAGGAGGCGGGCGACUUCCUGGCGCACGCCGACCUGCAGCGGCGCAACUCCGAGUACCUGGUGGAGAACGCCCUGCAUCUCCACCUCAUCGUCAAGCCCGUCUACCACACCCUCAUCCGGACCCCCAAGUAGCCAAGCGGGCCUGGCGGGGACGCUUCCGGAAUGGGAAACAGAGGCCUGGCCUGGGUGGCCCCCCGGAGUCCAGGAGGGGUGCGAGGCAUGGAGGUGCCUACACGGGCCCCCUGGGUGGCCAGGAGCUGGUGGCCUCGGAGCUGGGGUGGAGGCCAGGUGAGGGGCGGUAAAGCAGGUGCCUGGUUUCAGGAGCUGAUUUCGCAGCUGCCUCGAAGGCAGCGCUCUUGGAUGAAUAAACCGAUGCUCAGAGAGCCGAGGGGAUGAUUGAACCACCCAGCUCCCAGGUAAAAACAGCCCCAGGAGGGCCCCACAGGUGUGGGGUUCCCCUAUCUUUCAUUAGCUUUUCCCCGAGGGUCCCUCACCCGCACAUGGAACAGGGCAGGUAAGAGCAACCUAAUGGGCCAGCCUGGGAAAACUGGGGGACUCCAGGACCUUUUGCUGGAGUUUUUGCACCUUGAAGCCAAGAGGCUUACUUAGCUGGGCAAUUUCUGAGCCCUGACUUCCAGAGGGUACCACUCUCCACCCCCAUUCAGG